CAUCUGCCAAAAAACGCAUAAAAAGAAUUCAAUUAAAAAGGAGGCCAAACGUCACUAAAGCGGCGAUUCCGGCUCAUUCCGACGACUGAGGAUCAAGGACACGGACACGGAUACGGAGGAUGAUGAGUGGCAAGCCGGGUGGCGGGGUGGUGGUGCUCAACUGCCGGACGUGCACGCGUGCCUGCAAGCAGCACAAGCCGCUGCAGGAGGAGAUCGAGCUGGGUCCGGAGGGCAGCACCACGCUGGCCAGCAUGCUCCACUACUGCGCCGGCCUCUCCUUCGAGCCGCAGGACGGCGCCGCCAUGCCGCAGCACAUCUGCCUCAACUGCCUGCAGCUCCUGGAGCAGGCGUUCAACUUCAAGCGCAUGGUCAUCGACUCGGACGAGCUGCUCCGUUUGGGCCUGGACGAGGCGCACGGCACCAGCCACCACCAGCAGCAGCAGCAGCAGAAUCAUCAGCAGAGCCAGCAGUCCCACCAGCCGAGCCCGCAGCAACAGCAGUGCGGCGAUCCCAGCGAGGAGUACGUCAUGAUCGAGAUGCUCAACGAGGAGCAGGAUCCCGGCAAUUUAGAAGAACAGGAAGCGGAGGCGGAACGCCAUGAGCACUGCAGCCCCGACGACGAGGAGGAGUUCGUCAUCGAGGAGGUGGCCGACCACGAGGAGGAGCUGACGGAGGAGGAGCAGCAGAUGGCACAGGAGGGCGAGGGCAACCACGAGGAGCAAAUCACAAUGGAGAGUGUCCAUGAGUUUCAGCCCGCCGAGGUGGAGUAUGUGACAAUUAAGAAUGAAUUCGAGACCAUCGUCACCGAGGAGGAUGAGAUCGAGGUGAUGGACGAGUCGGGCGGCCACGAGGAGAUCCUGGAUGGCCAGAUGAUUGUGAUACCCGCGGAGGGAGCCAUGGACGAGGUGAUUGGCGAGGAGGCCCUCGAAUUGGACGAGGACGAGCGCGAGGAGCACUUGCUCGCUGAAGGCGAGGAUGUCUGCGAGGAGGAGGACUUCCUGGAGGAGUCGCUGGACUCCGCGCCACUGGCCGCCGGCGAGGCCCUUCCCCACGUCUGCUCCGUGUGCCAGAAGGCCUUCCGCCAGCAGUGCCGCCUCAACCAGCACAUGCGCUCCCAUGUGGACGAGAAGCACUACGAGUGCGAGGAGUGCGGCAAGCGGCUGAAGCACCUGCGCAACUACAAGGAGCACAUGCUCACGCACACGAAUGUCAAGCCGCACCAGUGCAACAUCUGCGGCCGCUUCUAUCGCACCACCUCGAGUCUGGCGGCCCACAAAAGGACGCAUGCCGAGGAGAAGCCCUACAAUUGCGAUCAGUGCGGCCGUGGCUAUGCGGCCUACGAUCAUCUGCGCCGCCACAAGCUCACCCACACGGGCGAGCGGCCCUAUGCGUGCGAUCUGUGCGACAAGGCGUACUACGACUCGUCCUCGCUGCGCCAGCACAAGAUCAGCCAUACCGGAGAGAAGGCCUUCACCUGCGAGAUCUGCGGCGUCGGGUUGUCCCAGAAGUCGGGCUACAAGAAGCACCUGCUCGUCCACACCGGCGCCAAGCCGCACAAGUGCCCCAUCUGCGGCCGCGCCUUCACCUUCACCAGCAACCUCAAUGCCCACGUCCGCCUGCAUUCCGGCGAAAAGCCGUUCAAGUGUGAGGUCUGCAUGAAGGCCUUCCCCACCAAGAAGCGUCUGAAUAGCCAUUUGCGGGUCCACAACAAGGAGACGCCGGUGGUGGUUGGUCAGUCGAUCGAUCAACGCCGACGAGCGGUGGUUGCUGGAGGAGGAGGAGCAGGAGGAGGCGGAGGAGCAGGAGGCAAUCACCACCUAACCGAAGUACCUGAGCAACCGGUGUCCACCUCCAAAGUGGUGGUGGUGCUUUGAGCGGAGGAGGAGCGACCCUAGAGCGUAAGACUAGCCUAAGGUUUUUACAUUAACUGUUGGGAAUCAAACACAAUAAACUUUAAUGACACUGUACCAUGUA